ACACGGGCGAGCGGGCCGCACGUGUGCCAGGAGUGCGGCAAGGGCUUCACGCUGGUCUACCGCCUCAAGAAGCACCAGAAGAUCCACGCGGCCAAGCUGUACCUCUGCGACGAGUGCGGCAAGGGCUUCACGUGGCACUCGUCGCUGCGCGUGCACAAACGCGUGCACAGCCGCGAGAAGCCGUACGUGUGCGAGGAGUGCGGCGUGUGCUUCGCCGAGCCCUCCAACCUCAAGACGCACCUGCGCACGCACACGGGCGACCGGCCGUACGCGUGCGAGGAGUGCGGCCGCCGCUUCUCGCAGUCGGCGAACCUCAAGAGGCACCGGGCGACUCAUCGGCCCGCGCCCAAGGCUCCCGCGCAGCAGCAGCAGCAGCCUCGUGGAGAUGCGGCGGCACCGAUAGCGGAAGCGGGUAUGGAACUUGGGACUUGCCAGUGAUCGCAACGAAUGUCUCAAAUCCGGACGAAGCCUGGUCCAGAGUCGCCGUUCAACUGUGUGAAGGUCGGGAGCAGCGGUGGCCAACCGGCGUCUUUCCCCGAGCCGCACGCUGCUCUUUAAUCCACCACAGGUGGCUCCACCGAAGGGGCGGGCGUAACAUAGAGAUGCGCUGUCACGGCAGGAAAGAGUAACAAACGUCUCCUGUGCCGUGCCGAAAACUGUUCAUAUUUAUGUAUACACACUUAAUUGAAUAAGUACUGCUGCGCCACGCUAUCGUGAUGCACUCGGGACACGUACCCGCUGGGAAAUGAAUGUGGUGCCAGGAGGAGGCAGUUGUGUUUCCUUGCAAAACAGGAAGACGGAUGCCCGAAAAAACAUUGAAGUUCACACAUCGCCACCAUCAGCGAGCCGUCCUCCAAGCCGCGCUAACCGUACCUCCGAUUAGAGCAGUUGGCUACGUAGGUACGACGCGAAAGAAGUUCAACGUACGUGCGCACAGCGGGCACCCUUACCCAGAGAGCAUUGGGAAGUCGCAGCGAGGCUGACCAGGGCCUAGGCAGUUUGCUCCACGGCCGAAUUGCGCUGGCAGCACGUGCGGGUAUAAGCCCGUUCGAAAACAUGCGGCGGAUUUGCAGGCUACAGCAAAAAAAAAUUGUCAUUUCUGCCGGUAAAAUAAAGUUCUGACGCGAGUACGAAAGCCGUUUUUCAGAAUGCAGGGGCGGAAGAAACUUCAGGUGGUCUCGGAAAGCGGGCGACCUGGGAACGGUUGCAAAGCGUGGGAAAAGUGCGCAAAUAAUGUAAAAAGGCAGCCGCCAAAUUUCAAUAGUCGCCGUGUAAUGAUGCCGUCAGUUUAUGGAUAUUCGUGGCAAGAUUCGGUCACCUUCAGUUGAUAGAAGACUGUUUAAAAACAAACGGACAUUAUCGCUGCAGCCCCCCACACCAUUGACUCAAGAGUGGAUCACAUGACCCAGCACUACCCCCCCCCCCACAAAACUGACUCACAGAGUGGGUCACGUGACCCACUCUGUGAGUCAGUUUUGUGGGAGGGUAGUGCUGGGUCAUGUGAUCCACUCUUGAUUUCUAAGGUUGACGAUGUGUGUAUAAAGUAGCAUUUUAAAUGCGUGUGUAUGCAUGUUGAACUUCUUUUGUACCGG